AUGGUUUGGAACAGGGUCGAGGUUCUGGUGGUCCUCAUCUGGACUCUACUGCUGCUGGUUUCAGGCCAGGAGGGUUGGGAGAUCAUCACGGAGGACCAACCUGAGUUUUACGAUGAUAGACUGGGUUUAACUGGAGGUGACACUGGUGAACCUGAUGACCUCGGUGAUUAUGAUGAUUAUGACGAUAUAAUUUCUGAAGUUAAAAUCCCUGAAUUUGAAGAGACUGCCACAGGCGUCUCUUUGGACUUCGAUCCUUCAGCUGAAGAUGAUUCUGACGACUUUUUGAUCCCUCCAAGGGCCUUCAGUCAGGACCCCGAGGUCACUGUCAACUGCACCGACGAUGGCUUUGAAAUCACUUUACCAGACGGGUCAGACUGGAAACCUGACAAAGAAGCUCAAUUACAGUGUGAUAUGAAACUUCAUAAUGAGCAAAUUUUCAUACCCUUCACUGGAUGUAAUGUGACAAAGCAAAGUGAUGGUGACACUGACAACUACACCUUGGAGUUUUGGUAUCCUGGUGAGAAAGGCGAGCAUCAAAUUCUUACCGUAUUAUGUGAAGAAAUUAUCGACGUGGAGGGUGGUCGUGGAAUAGACCCUCGCUCAGGUGGAAAAUCUGUGCUCGAUUCAAAGGGCCUUAAACCAACCCCUGUAAUAGAACCCAUCAGGCGGCUGACCUGUGGCAACUGGAACAUAUCACCUUCAGAAUGUCGGAAGAGGGGAUGCUGCGUAUGUUCGUCUACAUCCUCCUGUUUUUAUCCCGUGGAUGGGUGUACUCCAGAUAAACAAUUCAUCUUCCGUAUUUCCUGUGACUCUGCAUCCAUCCCUGUCGACCCCAGAAAACUGAUCAUUCCUGGAACCAACUGUAAACCAGUCAUUGUUACUGACAAGGUCGCCCUUUUCAAGUUCAAAGUGACAGAAUGUGGAGUCCAUGUUUAUACUGUUGAUGAGACACAGAUCUACUUGGCUGAAGUGCAAACUCUUGUUCAAGCCUGGAACCUAAAGUACGGCGUGAUUUCAAGAACUGAUCCAUUAAGGUUCUUGAUUGAAUGCCGCUACAGUAAAUCUCAAGACCAGUCUCUGGUCAGUGUUUCCUACAUGGUGAAGACAUCGCCCAUUGAUCUGCCGACGACUAUCUUCGCCAAAGGCCUACAUGGAGUUGUGUUGAGGAUGGCCAAAGAUGAGACGUAUUCGUCUUACUACCCCACCUACCAUCAGCCUCUGCAACACCUCCUUGGUAAACCAGUCUAUCUAGAGCUACGUUUGCAGUCUCCAAAACCAUAUGCAGUACUCCUCAUCAACUACUGCAUCGCUUACCCUCGCUCUGCAAGAAAUGCUUUGGUGCUCAUUUAUGAAGGGUGUACCAACCCCCAUGACCCAGAUGUCUCCAUCCUUCCAGUAAAUGACUCUCCCAACAAUCAGUACAUCAGGCGGUUUAAGGUCAAGACUUUCCAGUUUAUGGAUACAAAAACAAACAAGUACCUUAAUGAAGAAAUCUACUUCAUGUGCUCUUCAGAGGUUUGCUGGUCUUCAGAAAAGACAUGCCAACAGCAUUGCUUUGAUGGAAAGUCACCACAGUCGCGAGGACUUCCACCUAAAGACACAUUGAAAAACUAA